AUGUCCGCCAUGCUGAACCGCCCGCAGCAAGGGCAGCCACAGCCCGAGGCGAGUCAGCAGGGGGAGAGUUCCACGAUAGGCGUGCUGGACGACGAGGACCAGGACUAUGAUGACACCGCCGUGCAUGACGAGUCAUUUGGCCAAGCCGGCGAGCGUCACGGCCCCGAUGGCAAUCCCACCGAGUCUGAAAACAAGAUUGACCAGAUUGCCUUGCGAAUUGAAGAGCUGAACAGGACCAUCAGCCAACUCAGCCUCGCCCAACCUCAACCAGACAAGACAAGCAGCGGGCCAAUCAACCAGACUACUCAGCAUGCUUCACAAAUGAACUCAUCACCGGGGCUGGUCAACAACACGCCGUCGUCUGGUGUUACUUCGUCAUUCGACGAGAAGCAGACGCCGCCGACACAGCCGGAGUUCGAGGGCGAAUCGUCGCUCUCAGCACACGCCACGUUUGCUACCAAAUUUCUUCAGAGCUGUGUCAGUAACAGCCCAUCAUCCAAGGUCAUGCUGGAGAUGACAUCUGUGCUGGACACUCUCAAAGCCAUUGUCGACUCUCAGAAACAGAAGGCCGACACGCUCGAAACACUGUACCCUAAUGCGCGACCUCUUCUCGCGGGAGCAGGUCUCCGGCAACUGCCCCCUUUGUCCAUCGAGCAUGCUCUCGCAGCCCUUCGGAUGGUACAAGAAAACAGCCGCAUCCGGGCCCUAUGGCUGAUGGAUGUCCAAACACUCUCACAGUUCACAGGCCACUUUAUCAAGGUCUGCUCUCCCGGACCUGCGACGGAGGCAGAUUUGAUCAUCGUAUACGCGGGCUUCUACUGGCUGUUCGAGGAAUGCUCCAAGGAGGUACCUGACGACUCACUCAAAGCAGCCUAUAAUGCUCAGACCAUCAUAUGCAGAGAUAAUUUGGAGACGACUCUGUCGCGGCUCCCCUUCCAUCUCAUGGCAACCUUGGACAACGCCUUUGCGCUUACGCUUGCGACACUAUAUUGCUUGGAGAAAUGCAAACCAUCUGCUGCGUGGGCUUUCAUCUGUACAGCAUCACAGCAAAGCCAAGCCCUUGGCCUUCAUAGCAUGAUCGCAUGGCACACGGAAACAAUGGAAUCAAAGCAAUACAGGAUGCGAUUAUUCUGGACUAUAUAUACCGUGGAGAAGACGCUGGCGUUUCGCCUGGGACGAUCGUCAACCAUUCGGGACAAUGACAUCUCAAUCCCUCGCAUCAGCAAUGAUGCUUCGUCCGAAUACGGGAUUGACGACACCUUCUCAUUCUGGAUCGAACUGUCAAGCCUCCAAGGCCGGGUAUACGACGAGGUGUAUAGCCCCAUUUCACUAACCCAGCCAGAGGAAAUUCGAUCAGCCAGGGCUCGCGGCCUGGCCACCCAAGCAAGAGGCCUUCUUCAGGCACAAGAUCACCUUCAGAGACAAAAUCAUGCGAUAAGGUCAGAGCUGAUGGGAGCCGGACUGUCCGAGCUGCUGUGGCGUGCCGACCGCGUGACGGCUCUGUCAAUGCUCACCCUCAUCUACCGCAGCAUCCCGCCUGAAGAUGCUUCCAAAUCUGUAUUUUGCACCGAGUGUCUCUCUGCCGCAAAGGAGGCAUUGAUAGAGCACGAGAAGUGCGUCGCCAUUCUGACAGACAAGGAGUUUCAACCAGACAUGUUGGAACUAUACGCAACACAAUGGGUGUGGACUAAUCUUGGGCGGAUUAAAAGGGCACUUCUCCAAUCUCCGUUCACUCCGUUCAUCGUGCUGUUUUGCCACAUCAUCGAAACAUCAGAUCCCUCUGACUUGGAAUGCCUGAAGAGACUAGUGGAGAUACUAGAAAUCGCCGCCUCGACACCUAAGAAUGUCAUAUGCGAACGGCAGCUUCGCUUGUUCAAAGCACUCUACGACGUCGCCAUCAAAUACUUUGAAAUCAGGGCGGAGACGACACAGGCAGAACAUGGCGGUCAGGGUGCAGACGGCUUAGGAGGUCCAUACCUCGACGCGGCCAGCGGCGGGUUGCUUCAGCAUCAGUCAACGUCGCUCUUGGGGUCCGAACCACUUCUUGGGCCUGGUUCUGAGAUUACGUACGGUCCAAUAGAAGAUCCUGUCUCCAAUCUGGGGAAUAACAACGUAAACCAGGUGCCAGGUCAACAACGGGCCAUGCCAGGGGCAAGAGUUGGCCAUUUCAACCCGCAAGGGCCAGGGGCUACCAGAAUGGAGAUGGAACAGUCGGGCGCAGGUCUAGCCACCUGGUUCUAUUUGAAUGAUCAGAUGAUUCGGAUGCUGGGAGAAAGCUAA